AUGGGCACGCGGCCCGGGACCGACGACGACGAGAGGGACGACCGAGAGCGCGUCAAGACGACGGACAAAGACGUGGCGAGUUCAGCAGCUGCUGCGUCGUCGCCGCUCUUGAGCCAUUGUAGCAGUAGCGCUCUGGACGAAGUACAGGCAGGCCCGAGCUUGAGCUCCAGUCGACUCCGAGACGUGCUGCAGAGCAGCAAACUGACCCGCCGGACGACGGUGGGCGUUAUGCAGUGUCGUUCCCCGCCCGACGCCCGAGCGCACUUUCAGUCGGCGGGCGUUGGACGUGUCGCGAGCGAGCGCAUCGGCAGUCGUCCACGAGCCGAGACCACGGACACGAACCACAUGCGGUCGUCACUGCCGCCGACGCUCUCGAGCGACGUCGUGCUCGACCGCCGGCUGCUGCAGAAGUACGAGCAAGUGAACCACGCGAUUGAACGCAUUGUGCGCGCGUCGCAGAUGGACAGUGAAGUUGUCGCUUCGGACGCAUUGAGCGCCCACCAGGUCAAACAAGAGCUGCGGCAGGUGAAAAAGAGUUCAGCGCAGAUGAUCCAUGCACAAAAGGAGCUGCUGGACAAGAUGGAGAAGCAGGAACGAGGCGGCUUUCGGCGCGUGUUUACUAUGAACAAAGCAGCCAAGAUGGCCAAGUUGAAGUCGAAAUUGUGUGCCAAGCUGAGCGAGUCCGUGCUCGUGGACGAAGAGCUGCAGCGACUCGAGAGACAGAGCACGGCCAUGUCAGCCACGACGCUGGGCACGAUCACGCAGACGGGCAAAGCGGUCGUAAACGUGGGCAACUUGCAUGGCUCGAGCGGUAGUUUGUUUUCGGCCUCGAGCCACUUUGUCAAUACGAACAGCAACUUAUCGAGGAUGAGCGUCACUGGACCGAGUCUUCUGGAUGACAUGCGGGAUGUCAGUGGCAGCGAGAGUAGUGGCCCUGUGCCGACGCUGUUGUUGAGUUCAGGAUGGGAAGAUGCACAGGAAGAGCUGCUCAUGCUGGAGCGAGAAAAGGAGGAUAUCCUCAACAAUUUGUUCCAGGCCGUGGAUAUGCCGGCUGUAUCAGAUUUACAUGCGCGCAUUGCGAGUUUCUCCAGUGAGAUUAAAGCAGUGACAAGUGUCAAGAAACAGGCGGAUCGAGUUGAAGCCUUGUACCGCAAAGCGCUACAUCUACUGCGUGUCGCGCUAGCUGCAGUUGUGUCCCCGAAUUACUCUGGCGGCAUCCGUGAGUUUGCCGUCAGUUCGUAUCCACUAGCUGUUGAAGCGGGUCAUUUGAUUGAACAAGCGUGUAAUGUGGUGCAGCCAGAAGCGCGUCGCAAGUACGAGUCGUUUGCGUCGGGGCUGACGCAUGUGCGACCCCCUAAAUUCCCCCAGCCAGUAUCUGACUUUGCUCGGCGUACACGGACCCAUUACGACCCCCACAGUGCGCUCUCGAUCGAAGGGAUGCGCAAUCUACAUGCGGCGGAAAACGUGCUGAUUUUGAUGCAGCGGCUUGUGAUUCAGAAGCUCGAGAGCAUUGAAAAGUGGCAGACGAAACUUAAUAAGGACAAGGAAGCUGCUGAACGCGCCCACGCGCAGAUGGAGUCGAGACUGCAGGAACAAGUGGCGGUCCUCGCGCGUUCCGUUUCGGCAUGA